AUGACUAAGCCAUCAAAUAAACUCGAGGGAUUUGAUUUCUAUCACAAAGGACUUGGCAGUUCCAAAUAUGUGGUUGCACCCAUGGUUGACCAGUCAGAAUAUGCUUGGCGAAUACUUUCUAGAAGGUAUGGUGCACAGUUGUGCUAUACACCCAUGUUUCAUGCAAAACUUUUUUCAGAGCAUCAUAAAUACCGCAAGCAAGUGUUUUCAACUGGUGAAUUCGAUCGGCCAUUAAUUGUUCAGUUUUGUGCCAAUGACCCUGAAACGCUGUUAUCUGCAGCCAAACUUGUUGAAGCUCAGUGCGAUGCAAUUGAUCUUAAUCUUGGGUGUCCACAAGGCAUAGCCAAAAAAGGUCACUACGGAUCGUUUCUUCAAGACGAAUGGGAUUUAAUUGCAUCUAUGGUUAAAGCUGUUCAUGAGCACAUUAGUGUACCAAUUACUUGCAAGAUUCGUAUAUUUCCAGAUGUGAAAAAAACGAUCGAGUAUGCACUGAUGUUGCAAAAUGCUGGAUGUCAGCUUUUGACAGUACAUGGAAGGCUUAGAGAGCAAAAAGGACAAUUGACUGGCUUGGCGGAUUGGGACCAGAUUAGACAAGUCAAAGAGGCCUUGUCGAUUCCAGUGUUUGCAAAUGGAAACAUACUGUAUCAUGAUGAUGUUGAACGAUGCAUAAAAGAAACCGGUGUUGAUGGUGUUAUGACCGCAGAGGGAAACUUGUACAAUCCGGCAAUUUUUUCAGGAAAACAUCUUGACGCAUGUGAUGUUGCACAAGAGGUAUUUGAAUGCAUUAUGCAGAUUCAGCCCAUGUAUUUAAACAUAUGCAAAGAAUAUCCAGGAAGUUCUGAUGUUGGAAGUGCCAAGCCACAUCUAUUCAAGAUGCUGCAUAUGUGGUAA